GGAAACGUCCGUGUCAACGUACAGGGUUUCGGUCGUUUCACAGAGGUGCUUGGUUGUGCAAAGUUGUAGCCGUCUUCGAUCAUCGCACUCUUCAACCCGACUCGAGAUGCAGACGCCGUACGGCAGCGAAAACAAGGAAACGGACGAGUUCCUGACCCGCAUGGCGGCGAGCGCCGUCCCCGCGCCGCAGCCAUCCCGUACCCGACGCCCUGUCAUGAUGUGCGCGGCCUUUUUGGCCACAUGCGCCGCGGGGGCGCUCGGGCUUGUGUCCGAGCGCAAUGCAGUGCAUUCCACUGCCCAAGUCCAGACAGCCAACUUUGAACUCCAAGAGAGCGGGAGCCUCGACGUCCAGCCAUCCCCAUCGAGCGACAUCGUAUUUCCGUGGCAAAGUAUCGGCGUCAACUUGUCCGCGACGCCCACGCCGUUCGUGGCAAACUGGACAGCGAUCGACACGAACACCGACGGAAGCAUCAGCCUGAACGAACUGCUCGGGUACUUGACGACUCAAAAGGAUGCCCAGGUCGCGAAAAUCGAGGCCGCCGCCGCCGCCGCCGUCGCGCAGGUGCAAUCCACAUUUGACCAGCACACGAGCUGCAUCAAGACCGCGUACAGCGAGCUGAUCGACGCCAAGACUACCAGCGACAAGAAGGAGAUCCUGACCGCGUCGGAGCUCGGAUCUGUCCUCAUGUACGCUCGCGACCACUGCUACUACAAGACUACGCCGACACCCACAACUGCCGUGGACGGUGGCGACGUCGUCAUCGCCACCACCACGCCAGCGCCGUCUGGAGCCACGACGACAACAAGUGCCCCAGAGCCAAGCGCCACGACGACAAGUGCCCCAGAGCCAAGCGCCACGACGACCACACCAGCGCCAACCACGACGGCGAGUUGGGCGGAACCGACCACGACGACGCCGAGUGUCACGUUCUACGUCCCAUCGCGCGAGGAAGUCCUCAAGGAACUGGCUUCGUCCAUCGAUGUCCUCGGCAACCAGACCAACUUGACCAAGGCGUUUGCGCUUGCCGUGCUCAACCAGACUCGAGACAAUGUGACGGCCAAGAUCGACACGACGUGGUUCAACUCGGACGGCGAGCGCGCUGUCGCCAGGGCCGAGGUGGCCAAGUACUUUGGCACGCUCACGUCGUGCGUGAGCAUCGCCAUGUCGAUUUUUGGACGGUACAUCAAUGUUCUCGAUGCGUUCGAGCUAGCGCCCGCGCUCGCGUGGAUUCGGACCACGUGCAUGGACACGUCCGACGCCAAGUUUGGCAAGACCGACACGAACCAGAACAACGUGAUCGAAGAAUUUGAAGUGAUGGCGGCAAUCGUCCAGAUUCGAGACAACAAGCUCGCGGCCCUCGCCAACGUGACCGACCCGACCGCGUACCAAGCUGCGUUCUUUGCCACGCGGCAGUUGUACGGACAAACCAUGGAGUGCGCGCACAACGGCAUCACCCAGUUGGGGGACCCGGUCGCACGCACACUCUCACGCGAACAAUUUUACGGCCUCGAGGCGUGGAUGCUCAGCCACUGCAGCCUCGUCGAGCCUGACGUGACUGUCGUUGGCCUCCUUCCAAACGCCACGAUCCUUGGCGGCAACUUUUCGCUCGGCAACAUCGUGACAUUCCUCGCCGACGCCAAGACCAUGUACACGGCGGCCGUGCCUGUCAACGACACGUACCACGCCGCUACGAUCGAAGACCACUUCCGCCUCAUCGAAGUGUGUUUGAACGGGUCGUAUGUCCAGCUCAACGUGACGAACGAAACAGCGUACGCUUCGCUCGUGACGACUGUCCAGACGUGCGUCGCGAAGAGCGUGCCGGUCACGAUGCCAGUGGGGGUGUUCCUCAGCCGUCCCGAGUUCCAAGCCCUGCUCGAGCUCACGUGGGCCGCUGAAAACGCGAGCUUAGAUGCGCAAAUCCGCCAAGCCCAGGCGGCCCUGGACAAACUCAAAGCCAAGAAGGCUGCACUUGCAACGUGUAUCGUACAGGCCGUCGACAACGCGGCGGCAGGCGAAGCCAAGAUCCCGCAAUCCCAGCUCGUCCCGGCGCAGAGCUUUACCAAACAGUGCUACGUCAAGGCGACGUCCGCCUAGGACCAUGUAGAAGGUGUCUGCCCGGUGAUACAAAUAUACGAUUCCUGUGGA